GACGUCACGUGAUUCGAGUCAACCCUACGGAAAAAUCGAUACUUAAUUGGAUGCACGUCCGACACAAGUAUAGGCAAGUAAGUACAACGAAGACGAAGGCGAAAAGAAAUUAGAUUACAGUCGACACGUCGACACCGACAUGAGCCCAUGGCUCGUAAACCACCGUAGCCCGAAAAUCUUAAAAGUAGAGAAAUCAAGAGGCCGUCUGCUUCACCGUCAACGCGAAAGCGCCAACGCUACGAACAGCAACUCCGGCGCCGACCCAUCGACUCCGCGUCCUUGUCUCUGCCAGCGCACGAGCCAUCGCACGCGUCCCCGCACGCGCACCGGCCCUCGGCGCAUCGACACCGGCCCUUGCAGCACUGCAGCUUGGGGAGCCGCACCGGCGCGGGGGGCGAGAGCGAGUCGAGCGGCUGGGGGGGAGGCGGAGGGGGCAGCGCCGCGGCGUGCGCGAAGAACUCGUCGAUGAUGCUCGUGCUCGUGCUCGCGCUCGCGUCGAAGGUGGCGGGCGGGAGGCUGAGCGCGAUCCCGCUCUCGUGGUCGACGCAGGUCAUGCAGUCCUCCGCACACGAGUCUGCCGCGUUCUUGCUGCCGUUCCUGAGCGCCGCCGUCGCCGUUGUCGUUGUCUCCUCUUCAUCCGCGUCGUCGUCGUCGUCGUCGUCGUCGGGCGAGCCCGGCGCGCGGUGAGAGUGUUUGGCGCAGCCGGGGCAGACGCACGCGAAGCCGCAUUGGCAGCCGGAGCCGGCGAUGGACGCGAUCGAGCUGAGCUGCGGGAGGCGGAAGGGGAAGCCGGUCGGGUCCCAGGGGGAAGAGGAGGCGGAGGUGGUGGUGGUGGAGAGGAGAGGAGGGAGAGUGACGGGGACGGAGGUGGCGGAAGGGGUAUGUUUGUGUUUCGGCUUCUUGGCGCGCUCCUCUCGGUCGUGCUGGGGAGAGGGUUUGGCGGAGCAGCAGGAGGGGACGGGCGGAGGCGUGGGGGACCGCCGGGCGGCGGAGCGCUUGGGCGCGGGUUGUCGGGCGUCCGCCAUCGUGGUGUCGACGGUGCAGCAUAGGGCGGCGGCGUGAGCGAGCGAGGCGAGGGACAGGCCAUGGUCACGGUCGACUUCUUGUGCUGCCGCCGAGAUUAAUCCUUGCAUGGCGCGGGAGACGGUGGCAGGAGCUGAGGCCGACGAAGAUCUGGAAAGAUCGCAUCGGCAGUCGUGGAUGUCGCCGCAUCGGCAUGGGUUCAGGAGUCCAUCGACUCGUUGCUUCGGAUUCGAUGAUAGAGGGGAUGGGUAUUGAGGUGCGAUGUCACGAAGUCCGUUUGGCAGCGCCGGCGCGAUAGGCCUAAACCGCGGCUUCUUCGCACCAGGCGGCAGCUGCGGCACCGCCGACGUGGAAGGGCCUGGAGGAUCGUUGCACUUGCACCGGUUGUGGGCGUUCUUCGUCUUCCGCAGGUGCCGACACGUCUCGCACUGGGACACGGGCCGGCCCUUGCGCUUGACCUCGAACAGCGGGCGCUCGUUGUGGCCACAGUGGGAGGACCGAUGUCCCUUGAUGCACGCCUCGCUGUGCACGAUGGGGGGGUAAGAUAAGGUUCAGAGGACGAGCGGGAAGAGGGAAUGCCGCACCAGGCGUAUUUCUGCCCGUUGACGAAGACCUGUAAAGAAACCCGUCAGCUGUUCGUUGGUCGAGGGGGCGACGGGUGCUCCUGCGCGCUGCUCACCAUCUCGUGAGCUACGUGGAGGCGUUCAACGUUCAACCUCAGGGCUUUCUGGUCUGCACAGGACUCGGAGGCCGUGGGGGUACCCGCGUACUCACGAUGGGUCGCCUUCCCAGCCAGGCCUAGGGGCGCCUGCCCGAAGCGGCGGCACUACUGUCGCUGAUGCGCUUGCGCGGAGAAAUCACGGGCCUCCCCCACUCGCUGCACCGUUCUCCAGCGCCUCUCAUCUUCCGAUUUAAUCUCCUCGCGUGUCUCUUCGUCGUCGUCGGCAGCAACGAUGGACGACGGCGUCACCGUCGACAUCCAGGUCAUGGCGCUCCUCGCCGCCGCCUUCAUCCUCAUCAAGCUCGUCCUCUACGACCCGCCCAAGCCGACCCGGCGCACGGUCGCGAUCCUCGUCCUGGGCGACAUCGGCCGCAGCCCGCGCAUGAUGUACCAUGCCGAGAGCUUUGCGACGAGCGGCUUUUGGACGUACCUCAUAGGAUACAAAGGUUCCAAGCCCGCGCCGUCACUACUCGAGCUGUCUCUCCUCCGCCUCGUGUAUCUGCACGACGUCCCCAGGGCGUUCCGAGGGCUCCCGUGGAUCCUCCUCGCGCCUAUCAAGGUCAUCCACCAGAUUACGUCCAUAUACGUAACGCUCUCGAACCUACCAUACUGCCCGGAAUACGUCGUCGUCCAGAACCCGCCGAGUAUCCCUACCCUUGCGAUUGUAUGGGCGUGGAGCCGGCUGCGCGGAUCCAAGAUCGUCAUCGACUGGCAUAACCUAGGCUACACGAUCCUCGCCCUUAAGCUCGGCAUGCGCCACCCGCUGGUCAAGGUCGCAAAAAAGUUCGAAUCCUUCUUCGGACGCACCGCCUACGCGCAUCUCUUCGUGACGAACGCGAUGCGAGAGUACCUUGUCAAGCAAUGGGAUCUGCGAGGCCACAAAGCCGUCCUGCACGACCGACCGCCAGCGCACUUCCGGCGCACAGAACCGAGCGAAGUCCACGAACUCUUCCUCCGCCUCCAAUCCCUCCUCCCUCCCACCCCCUCCCUCACCUCCUUCCUCCCGCCCUACUCCGCGCCCUACAGCACGCCCUUCACCCACAUCACCGCCGCACACCCCGCCGUCCCGAUCCCGAUCCCGCUCACCCCGCCCCCGGAGCUCAACAUGCCGACCCUCCGCCCGGACCGGCCCGCGCUCGUCGUCUCCUCCACCUCCUGGACCGCCGACGAAGACUUCUCGAUCCUCCUCUCCGCGCUGCGCCGGUACGAGGGCGCCGCGCGCAAAGCCGGGCAGCUCGCGCGCGCGCGCGCCGCGGGGCGGGGCACGCCGCCCGUCGGCGGGCUGCCGAAGGUGCUGAUGGUCGUCACGGGCAAAGGGCCGCUGAAGGAGUACUACAUGACCCGGGAAGAGGAGGUGCAGGGCGCGUGGGAGUACGUGCGCUGCGUGAGCCUGUGGCUCGAGGCGGAGGACUACCCGGUCCUGCUCGGCGCGGCCGACGUCGGCGUUUCGCUCCACUCGAGCAGCAGCGCGCUCGACCUGCCGAUGAAGGUCGUCGACAUGUUCGGCUGCGGCUUGCCCGUGUGCGCGCUCGAUUUUUCGUGUUUACACGAACUCGUCAAGGACGGCGUGAACGGCCUCCUGUUCCGGGACGCCUCGCAGCUCGCGACGCAACUGGAGACCCUGCUUUCCGGCUUCCCGAAUCCGAACUGGACGCUGGACGCCCUGCGCUCGUCGCUCACCGACGACGCCGCCGCCGCCGCCGCCCCCCAGGGCCCGCCGCGCGCGCUCGAGCCCGGCUCCGAGGACUGGGUCUGGUCCAGCUGGUCCGAGAACUGGGAUCGCGUCGUCCGCCCGCUCGUCCUCACCGAUGCGAAAAGUCCCGACGGCGGGUCUCGAGGUGCCCCGGGUUGAACGCGUCGCUCAGAGGGGGGUUACGAUAACUCGUUGAACGGAGGAGGGGCGCGCCGGGGGGGGGGGGGUAGGGGGGUUUGCAUCUUGGAUAUAAGUAUAUAAUAACGACUGGGUGUCUUGGAGGCUGCGUGGGCAGGGUGUUGGGUUCCGGUGGACAUACUCGGGCGCGUUGUGGGUGGCAUAUAGGUUAUCGAACUUUUUUUACCUAGUCUCCCAGCUCAUAUCUCGUCAUGAUCGUCGUGUUGCAUAUCUGUAGCUUAGCAUAAAAAAAGAGCCCAACCGAGCUCUCUGCACAUCUGUUCAACCGUAAUUUCAC